AUGGCUGCGGGCUCGCCGCCUCGCACGCCGCCGGAUGCGGUCGACGCACCACCGCAGCCGGCAGAAGAACCUCUUCACGCGCUGCGACCCCUCAAGCCGCCUUCCGCCUCGGAGCCGCGCGAAGACGGCGUCGCGCUGGACAGCGCUAAGGUGCUGCGCUCCCCGCGAUGGACGGCGGCGCGCGUGGGCAAUCUGGCGCUGCUGGCGGUGUGCUUCGCGCUGGGGUGGGCGGCGCUGUUCGUGCAGGUCGCCACCACCACCGUCGCCGCCAGGCAGUGGGGCGGCACUGCCUUCAGCACCGUGCCUUACGGCGUGUUAGCGGCGGCGCAUGCUCUCUGGGCGCUCCCCGCGCAGCUGAUCAUCCGCGCAUCGCGUUCCGCGCGCCCCUCGUUCAUCGCGGGGGGCGCGCUGGGCGUCCUAGGAAACGCACUCUUCGCGGUCGCUGCUGGCCUCGCGCACGACUCCCCUUCCUCCUCCUCCGCCUCCCCCGCACCCCCCACGCAGCCCGCCCCCAUGGCGCUGCUGUGCGCGGGCGCGCUAUUCGCGGGGCUCGCGAACGCGUACAUCAACUUCCUGCGCUUUGAAGCCGCGCGCUUCGCGCCCUCCGCCGCCCACCUGCCCACCGCGAUCUCCGCCGUGGUGGCAGGGGGCGUGGUGGGCGGCGGCAUGGGGCCCAUCAUCAGCCGCGUGACACGUGGCGUGAUCCCAGGCCACGAGUUCCUGGCGACGUACCUGGUGUCGUGUGGACUGUUCCUCCUGGAGAUGCUACUCGUCGCACUCAUCCCACUCCAUGGGGGGGGCGCGCGCGCACGCCACCAAGGCACGCGCGGGGGAAGUUGUGGUAGCGCUGGUGAUGGCGCGGGGAGCGCGAGUGGGGACAAGGAAGAGGGUGGGCUUGGAGACAGGCCGGGUGAGGCUGAUGAUAGAGACUGUCGGGAGGAGGGAGGGCGGCAGGAGGCGGAGGAGAGAGCGGUGAUUGUAGGAGAUGGGAUUGGACAAGAGGGCGGAGAAGGUGUUUCCAAGGCCAGGAGCAGCAGCGGGUGUGAGGCUGGAGGGGGCAGUGUGGGCGAGGGGCUAAAGAAGGGCGGAGGGAGGGUGGGUGACGGACAGUGCACGGGCAUGGGAGGCGGGUGUGAUGGUGAUGGGAAGGAAACAGAGAGGCGAGAGGUGGAGGCAGGGGCGGGGCAGGAGGAUGGUGAGGCGGUGGUGGUGCUGGUGGGCGCAGGGAGGGGAGGCGAGGGCAGUGAGAGCACAGCAGCAGGGGAGGAGGAGCAGGGCAGGAGGCGGUGGUAUGAGGUGAUGCGACAGCCAGGCGUGGUGGUGGCUGUGGCAGCAGCGACGGUGGCGUAUGCGGGCAUGGCGACCAUCAUGCUCACUGCCGUCAUUGCCAUGCUCGCCGUGCAGCCAGGCACAGGCGAUGUGGACCUAGAGGGCCAGUUGGGGGCAGUGAUAUCGUUUGCCGACACCAGCAACGUCAUUCUCGUGCAUGUCGAGGCCAUGUUUGUGCCGUCCUUCUUCACGCCGGCCAUCAUAGCAGCCCUGGGCAGUGACGGCGCCAUGCUGCUGGGAUUCGUGGUGCUGCUCGCCUCGCAGCUCGCGCUGCUCGCAGGCACCACCCUGCCGCUCUUCUUCCUCUGCCUCGCCCUGCUGGGCCUCGGCUGGAACCUCGCCUUUGUGGGCGCCACGGCCCUGCUCGCCACCACGUACCGCCCACACGAGAAAGACAUGGUGCAGGGCAUCAACGAUGGCAUAGUGUUUGGAGUGAACACCAUAGUGGCGUCCACGGCCAGUCUCGUGCUGCAAACCAUCAACAGCUGGCCCACCUUCCUCCUCAUCUACUCCCUUGCCUCCUCCCCUGCCCUCUUCCUCACUCUCGCCUUCUGGCUCGCGCGGCGCCACUUGCUGCCAUUCCAUUGGCCAGGAGUCACCCCCUCUGUUCCGCGCCUCUUGCCAGCACCAUCAUGUGCGCCCCCACCCGGGCAUACACAUGGUGCAUGGGGAGGGAAGGGGAAGCAGCUGGUGAGGUCACUGUCGCAACGGCUUGGAGUGAGUGGGAGGGUGGCGGUGGCGGGGAUGAAAUGGGGAUAA